AUGUGCCAAUUCACGCUACAAAACCAGGCCCUACAAGAGGACCUUGAUUUCGACACCUACAACCAAGAGGACGAGAACAGGAUUGCAAAACUGCGCGAUUCAAUCGAAGAGAGCGGGAAAAAGGCAGAGAAGAUCGCGGAGGACUUCGAGGUGUCGAUGAACAAUGACAUUACUCGACUGAACUUGAACGGGACUCUCCUUGAACCAGGCCGCAAAAAGUACGACGAACUCUUCAUGCAAGUGCUCCUGGAUUUGCACUUCAUCGAGAAGAAGGCCGCCCGAGCAGCUGGGCGUGCGGGCCAGCUCAGCUCUAUCGGCGAAUACAUCGUUGGAGAUGCGGGUAGUGGAGACAGCGAGGAGGCCAUCGCGUCUCUCUUUGGAGACAUCGCAGAAUCGGUGUUCGUCGAGCGACAUGGAUUCGCACCUCAGCGCGCAGCGGAACACGGCUACCUCAACGAGCGACAAGAGGAUGGUGCACAUAUCAUCAGCUGCAGUGAGACAGAGGCCAAGCGACUCGUUGAGAUAGAAUUGGUCACGUCUCAAUACGUUCCGGCCAAGCGAAAUAAUGCUGGAUCCGCGCUCUACGACUUCCCGAUGAGACAACGCGACUUCGGUGCGCGCCUGGCUAUGUCGAACGCCACAUUCGCCAACGACAAGCUGCCGAAAAUUAUGGGGCAGCGUAACCUCACGGUACUCGUCACGAACGUUCUACUUCCACACGUUGCCGCCGAGGAAGCAGUGCGGGAGGCUAUGCACCGGGAGAAGCUCGAGAAGCAGAAGCUCGAAAAAGAGAAGCUUCUUACGGCUUUCAUGGAGCAAUACUCUCUGUAUGAAGAGGUCCCUCUUGACGAAGAAACCGCUACAUCACCAGAUGAAGGACGGACUUCAGCAGACGCAGAUGGCAGCAAACUACCAGCGUCCGAACCAGCGCACAGCAUCUGGAUCAAGCACGAGAAGUUUGUCGAUGUUGAUAGGCCUUCUCUGACUUCCAAGGAGGCUAUCGCCCUUGCCUUGCGUUGCGAGUAUCCACUUGGCGAUGACGAUGACUGGGAGUGCAACGAAGUCCCGCAAGAGAGCGCUCAGGUACCAUCCGAAGAGGCCACCCAGCCGGCCCCGAAGCCGAAACCAGACACUGUUGGUAGGACCUUUACCUGUGACUUUGGUGACGACGACGAUGACAGGGAAGAUAGAGAGACGUUGGUCGAGUCGAGCGAGGAGGUCGACGCGUCCGCCCCUCCAUUCAACAGCGAUACGAAGAUGGAGGCAGACAAACACAUGCCCUCUACGCCCACAUGCUCGACGUACGGAACCAUCUCGCCACACGUCUCGACACAAUCUCCCUCUCCAUCACCACAGAGCAGUCUCGGCCCAAUCCUGCGCAAGCGCUCCAGCGAGCAGGAUCCGCCGCACGACAAAUCGCCGUCUCAGAAAUCAAGGAAAAACUCGGAUGCUUUCAGCGGUGAAGAGAUGUGGCUGAAGGACUCGGAAUCCAAUGCCGAUGGCAAGGUCGAUGGAGACACCACCGUGGAAUCGACACCUGCGACUGAGGACGUUGGGAUGCCACAGACUCCCGCUCAAAACGCAGCGAGUCCAUCGUCGUACCAGAGCACCCCAUCGCCGCCAUGGCACAUCACUAUCGGACCUCGGGCGACUAUUGAAUUUGGUGCUGCGACGCCUCUUGGGCCGAUUGUGCGGAAGCGGCGGAGCGAGGACGAUAUUUUGGGCGACGAGUCGCCGCUGCAGAAGGCGCGGAUGAAUUAUGAGAGGGAGGGGUAG